GGAGACCGGCCCUCCUCCGCACAGGCUAGCACACAGCGAACACUCCCUCGCGACCCGAGAGAGCACGCAAAGCGGCGGGUAGCCAGAGACAAGAGGGCGGCGGCGGCUGCGGCCAUGGGGAGCGAGAGCAAUCGCGGCGGUGCGGCGGACCGGAUGGUGGCGGAGGAGGAGGAGAAGAAGAAGCGCGGGGGGCGGCUGUUCGAGAUGCCGGAGAUCAGGUUCACCAAGCUCUUCAUCAAUGGCUGCUUCGUCGACGCCGCCUCAGGCCGGACGUUUGAGACGAGGGACCCGCGCACGGGGGACGUGAUAGCCACCGUCGCCGAGGCUGACAAAGACGACGUGGACUCGGCAGUGAGGGCAGCCAGGGACGCCUUCGACCACGGCGAAUGGCCACGCAUGUCUGGAUCCGAACGGGGGCGGAUCAUGGCGAGGUUCGCUGACCUGGUGGAGCAGCACGCGGACGAGCUGGCGGCGCUGGAGAGCCUGGACGCCGGGAAGCACCCGGCCAUCACCAAGGCCGUCGACAUCGGCAACGCGGCGGGCAGCCUGCGGUACUUCGCCGGCGCGGCGGACAAGAUCCACGGCGAGACGCUCAAGAUGCAGGCGCAGUUCCAGGGCUACACCCUCCGCGAGCCCCUGGGCGUCGCCGGGAUCAUCAUCCCCUGGAACUUCCCCUCCACCAUGUUCGCCAUCAAGGUCGCCCCGGCCCUGGCCGCCGGCUGCGCCAUGGUCGUCAAGCCCGCCGAGCAGACGCCGCUCAGCGCGCUCUUCUUCGCCCAGCUCGCCAAGCGGGCUGGAGUCCCCGAUGGCGUCGUCAAUGUCGUGCCAGGCUUCGGUCCGACGGCGGGAGCUGCACUCGCGUCUCACAUGGACGUUGACAUGGUGACUUUCACUGGAUCCACAGAGGUUGGGCGCCUCAUAAUGAAGGCCUCCGCGGAGAGCAACCUGAAGCCGGUUUACCUGGAGCUCGGCGGCAAGUCGCCGCUCAUCAUCUUCGACGACGCGGACGUCGACAUGGCCGUCGAGCUCGCCGUCAGCGCUAACUUCUUCAACAAGGGAGAAGCCUGCGUGGCGGCGAGCCGUGUGUACGUGCAGGAAGGCAUGUACAGCAGAUUCGAGGAGAAGUUGGCAGAGAGGAUGAAGAGCUGGGUGGUGGGAGACCCUUUCAGUGACGCUCGUGCCAACCAGGGCCCUCAGGUGGACAAGGCGCAGUAUGAGAGGGUGCUCAGCUACAUCGACCAUGGCAAGAGAGAAGGGGCCACUCUUCUGACCGGAGGAGGAAGACCAGCCGCCUGUGGUCACAAAGGCUACUACAUUGAGCCCACGGUUUUCACCAACGUCACGGAGGACAUGGUCAUAGCCAAGGAGGAGAUCUUCGGCCCUGUCAUGUGCCUGAUCAAGUUCAAGACGGUGGAGGAGGCGAUCUGGAGGGCGAACGACAGUCGGUACGGGCUGGGCGCCGGGGUGGUGACGCGAGACGUGGACGUGGCGAACCGGGUGGUGAGGUCGGUGCGCGCCGGGGUGGUGUGGGUCAACUGCUACUUCGCCAUGGGCAGCGACUGCCCCUUCGGCGGACGCAAGAUGAGCGGGUUCGGCAAGGACGAAGGCAUGCACGCGCUCGACAAGUACCUGGCCAUCAAGUCCGUCGUCACCCCGCUGCGUGCCUCGCCAUGGAUGUGAAUGUGACUGGAUUUGUUGGACUGCUGCUGCCUGCCUGUGAACUGUCUGUGAUCCAUCUGGAGCGAGCCUCCCGGCCGGGUGGCUGCUGCCUCUCGUGUGCAUGCCUUUGCUGCUCGCUAGCUCCCGACCCGGCCGGCCGGCCGUCGCUUUUAGUUUUGUUCGUGUGCGGCACAACGUUGUUACAAGUAUUUAUCAGAAAGAAAAAAAAACCGUUGUUACAAGUAGUAGACCUACAAUAGCAGAGGUUAAAAGGUAUUAAUAAUGAAGUAACAGAUGAUGUGUCCCACACUA